UUACUUUCUGUAGAGUUCUUUUCUAUCACAGGAUAUGCAUAGAUAAAAUUAUACAGCGUACAACGAAGCGUGCUACUGAAAGUUGAAACUCUAUAAGCUAAAAUGCUUUACUGUAUUUGUAUGGCAACGCAAAGCUGCGUUACAUAGAAUAAUAGACAAAUUGAAAUAAUGUAUAGUUCCUUUGCAAUGUCUAGAAAAUGAAUAGUGUAUAUGGUGCAUCCGAGAUAUCACAGAAAAAACUUAAUCCAUUUCUUCAGUUUGUAUGCAUAUUUUGUUAACUCUUAUUGAAGAUAUCGCAAACUUUUCCGCGUAUUGAUUUAGAGAACACGCAACGCUAUCCAUCUCCCAUAUUUUAUACUUCCCAAUAAUUUUACCAAUGUAUAUCCCUCAUGAAAAACGGAGAUAUGCACGAUACACAAGAAUGUAAAUAAUAUAUUAGACUUCAUCUGCAGCUAUAUCAUGCAGAAUAUCGUAAAAAUGUUUCAAAUCCGUCGAGUGCUCAGUAAAUUACAUAAUACGGCUGGUAAAAGAAUUUCCGCUUCCCCCACUAUCAAUUUACAAUACGCGUACAACAUACGUAGCAGAGCGUAGUCAUGCGAAAGAAAGUGACGUUCAAAGAAGUAAUUUCAAUAGCGAAAUUUUCUAUGUUUCCACUUUGGUUUUGGCCAUCAAAAAAUGAGACAAAGUUAAAAACGUUCUGUAGAAAACUAUAUAACUAUUGGUGUAUUCUUAUGGGAUUAUGUCUAGAGCUGCCGAGUCUAUAUGGUGCUUCACAACAUACUGAUGAUCCUGCUCUUUUAGCACAAACAUUAGUUAUGUCAAGCACCAGUUGGCACAUUAUGUUCAACUGUAUUUAUCAGCUUGUUUAUAAUCAUCGCAUACAAAGUAUUACUUAUGAAAUGGAAAAUUUUUGUGAUUUAAUGAAGCCACAUGAAGAAGUUGUUAUUCAACGAUAUAUUGACAAGUGUGGUGUAUUUUAUGGUGCAGCAAUAAUUGAAUACUAUGCUCUUAUAGUUGUACAGAUUGUAGUAUUACCUCCUUUAAUGCAUCAGUCAUUUCCAACAUUAGUAGAAUAUCCGUUUGACGUGUCUUAUCAACCAUUAAAAACAAUAAUCUAUUUACAACAAUCUAUAGUCGGAACAUACAUGGGAGCACAACUCUGCCUAAAUAUCUUUAUGAAUUUAUUGUUCUGGUUUGUAACGGCAAGAUUUGCUAUACUAACUGAAGAGUUAAAGGACGCUACAAAUAUUAAUUCGUUGUUCAAAUGUAUUAAAACACAUCAGAAAUUACUCAAAUAUGCAACGGAAGUUACUCACGUUCUUCGUCCUUUCGCAUUUUCAAGCAUAUGUUGCAGCACGUAUUCUAUAAUAAUUCUCUUCGUUUUGCUAAUUACUCAUCAACCUAUAGCACUAGUAAUCCAGUUUGUAGGAUUAGCUAUUACAUGUCUUGCAGAAGUAUAUAUGUAUGUUUGGCCAGGAGAAAACUUAAUAAAUGCGUGCGACGAUAUCGUACAUGCAGCAUACAGUGUAUACAAUAAACACUCAAUAAAAGCACAGAAAUGUCUGCAAUUUAUUAUGUUAAGAAGUCAAAAACCAGUAACCCUUUCAAUACCUUGCUUUUUGGAUGCAUUAUCUAAUAAUUACUUCACAUCGUAUUGUUCAACUAUAUUAUCCUAUUUCACAACAGUACGCGUAAUGAUGUUAGAAGAUAAUUAAAUAUUAGCAUAAAAUAGGUUAAAAUAGCUUCAGAUAAUAUUUACACAAAAAAAGCACAUAUUAUAUUUCGCUUUGUAGAAAUAUACUAAAAUAUACUAUUAUUUGUAAAUCAUAAUUUCAAAAUAACAAUAAAUGAAAUUAUUAUUACAGGC